AUGUUCUUGGCUCUGGGAAAAGCCAGCGGUUCCUGCUCCCUCUGGGGGCACGUGGGCGUCACAGGGGCUCCCGCACUUUGGGCUGGCGAUCCUGCAGGCCAGGCCAGGCCAGGGCCGGUUUCCCGGGGUAGGGCCUCCCUGUUUGGCAAGCCUCGGAGAACCUGGCUGCACCCCCCGCGGAGUUCAGACCCCGCGAAAAGUUCUCGGGAGUCCGCGGGAGGGCGGGCUAGGGAGUCGGCGGCGGCCGCGGCCAGAGCGCCGGGGCUGCCCCCAAGCCAGCCGGUCCUCGCCGGCCUCCCCUCGCGUCGGGUCUCGCCGCGGGAGAGGCGACUCCGCGUGUCGGCCAGGUCCCGCUCGGGCGGCGCGGAGAAGUGGGCGGGAGCGGGCCACCGGCCUUUGAACUCGCCCCUGCCCUCCUGCCUCGGCCGCCGGCGCGUCCGGCUGCGGAGCUCAGCGGAGAUUCCGAGCGUGGGGCCGCUGCGCUUCCUGUUCCAGGUGUUCGUGCGAGGCUACGCUCUGCAGAUGCAUCAGCUCCAGGUGCUGAACAAGGCCAAGUACGGCCCAAUGUGGAUUUCACACUUAGGGCCUAAGAAGCACGUGAACCUGGCCAGUGCCCCACUCUUGGAGCAGGUGAUGCGGCAAGAGGGCAAGUACCCAGUACGCAACGACAUGGAGCAGUGGAAGGAGCACCGGGACCAGCACGGCCUGGCCUAUGGGCCCUUCACCACGGAAGGUCAGCACUGGUACCGGCUGCGCCAUGCUCUAAACCAGCGGUUGCUGAAGCCAGCCGAGGCGGCUCUCUACGCGGAUGCUCUCAAUGAGGUGAUUGAUGAUUUUAUGACGCGACUGGACCAGCUGCGGGCGGAGAGUGCCACAGGGGACGAGGUACCCAACGUGGCUCACCUCUUCUACUACUUUGCCUUGGAAGCUAUUAGCUAUAUCCUGUUCGAGAAACGCAUUGGUUGCCUGGAGCGAUCCAUCCCCGAGGACACUGUGGCCUUCGUCCGAUCUGUAGGGCUCAUGUUCCAGAACUCAAUCUAUGCCACCUUUCUCCCCAAGUGGACCCGCUCCCUGCUGCCUUUCUGGAAGAAUUACCUGGAUGGUUGGAACGUUAUCUUCUCCUUUGGGAAGAAGCUGAUUGAUGAGAAACUCAAGGAGGUGGAGGCCCAGCUACAGGCAGGGGGGCCAGAUGGGGCCCAGGUGUCUGGCUACCUGCACUUCCUGCUGACCAGUGGACAGCUCAGUCCUCGGGACACCAUGGGAAGCCUGCCUGAGCUGCUUAUGGCUGGAGUGGACACAACAUCCAACACGCUGACAUGGGCCCUGUACCACCUUUCAAAGAACCCAGAGAUCCAGGCAGCCUUGCACGAGGAAGUGGUGGGUGUGGUACCAGCCGGGCAGGUGCCCCAGCACAAGGACUUUGCCCACAUGCCAUUGCUCAAAGCUGUGCUUAAGGAGACUCUACGCCUCUACCCUGUGGUCCCCAUAAACUCCCGGGUCAUCAUGGAAAAGGAAAUUGAAGUUGGUGGCUUCCUCUUCCCCAAAAAUACCCAGUUUGUGUUAUGCCACUAUGUGGUGAGCCGGGACCCCAGCAUCUUCUCUGAGCCUGAGAGCUUCCAGCCCUAUCGCUGGCUGAAGAACAGCCAGCCUGAUGCCCACAGGAUCCAACACCCGUUUGGCUCUGUGCCUUUUGGCUACGGGGUCCGGGCCUGCCUGGGGCGCAGGAUUGCAGAGCUGGAGAUGCAGCUACUGCUGGCAAGGCUGCUCCAGCAGUACGAGGUGGUCCUGGCCCCGGGGACUGGCGAGCUAAAGAGUGUGGCCCGCAUUGUCCUGGUUCCCAAUAAGAAGGUGGGCCUGCGCUUCCUGAAGAGACAGCACUGAGCUGGACCCCUGCCUUCCUGGGGCUUGUCCCAGGGCUCCAGCCCUGGCACAGACAUCCCCGGCCACUGCCAUGCCUCACAUGAGGAGGGAGAGAAGGAGGCUUCCAGACCCAAGAGGCUGGAGGAACACAGUAUACUUCCCACAGAACCCUGAGCUUUUAUCACUUUAAGCAACUUUCUUUCAGAUAAAAAUCACCCCCUUCUUGCAUUGCGGUCUUUGGGUACAUUAUAAAAUAAAGGGAUUUUUAUUAAUUAUUG